AUGGUGGACAUGAUCACAGGGGCGAUCCUGUUGGCAGUGGGAUUAUGGGGAAAGUUCAUUUUGGGCCCGUAUAUCUCACUGAUAGCUGAAAACUCCACCAACGCUCCGUACGUGCUCAUCGGAACCGGAACCACCAUCAUUGUUUUCGGGCUGUUCGGAUGUUUCGCCACCUGCCGUGGAAGUCCAUGGAUGCUCAAGCUGUAUGCAAUGUUCCUGUCUCUGGUCUUCCUGGCAGAGCUGGUCGCUGGCAUCUCGGGUUUUGUUUUUCGUCAUGAGAUCAAAGGCACCUUUUUGAGAACCUACAAUGAGGCUGUUCUGAACUAUAAUGCCCAGGAUGAGAAAAGCAUUGCGGUGGACAACGUCCAGAGGAGUUUGCGCUGUUGUGGCGUUAUGAACUACACUAGCUGGUUUUCCAGCGUUUAUUUCCCCGCCAAUGGAAUUCCGCCCAGCUGCUGCGCUACCAAAUCCGAUUGUCACCCCACUGACAUGCGGAAUGCCACCAUAGCGGCCGGCAAAGUCUACCAACAGGGCUGCUAUGAGCUGGUGACGUCCUUUAUCGAGACUAACAUGGGCAUUAUUGCUGGAGUAACGUUUGGAAUUGCGUUUUCGCAGCUGAUCGGGAUGCUGCUGGCCUGCUGCCUGUCACGAUUCAUCACUGCCAAUCAGUAUGAGAUGGUGUAGCGGCGCGGGCACAUGCAAAGGAAACGCACAACACCUUGGAAAGGGAAAGCAUCCCCAAAAUGCUUGCACACUCCAUCUUUUCUCGUUCUGUCUCUUUUAUAUUCAUCGUUUUCUUCGUCUUUUCUGCCGUCCUCACUUUCUAUUUUCGGGUAGUGCAUCAUUCCUCAGUCGUGCAGCUGUGCCACGACCGAAGUCUCUCCUUUGGAAACGUUGACGUCAGCGAGGAAAAGGGAGUGGUUUUAGGACGCACUCCUGCAUAUGCGUAUUUUACUCUGUAGGAAACCCUGCAUGCAGAAACCAUCUCAUGCCACACACUAAAACUAAGAUCAAGAGCAUUUCGAUAACACCAUGUCCUGACCGAACGCAAACAUGCACAUGAUGAAAUCUCAUCGUGUAUUAUAAACAUUAAAUAUGUUUUGAUUUGUCCGAUUUAAACUUGAACUUGGUUAGGACACGGUGUCUUUUUUUGAGAAUUUUUGUCCCAACUAAAAACAACAUUUUGUCAGUAUGUUGAUAUAGCCACAGUGAAAUCUUAUUGUUCCAAAAUUCUGCCCGUCAUUGCUGUAUAUUGCACAUCAGAUGUUUAUAUUGGGUGUUACUUUGUUGCGUCGUGCAGCAUUUCCACGUAGUGUGAACGGAAAAAUUGUCAGGUAAAGCUUGAGGCACCUAGGACAUGAUGUUCAACCCCUGAUCUCACAGUGACUUCACUUCAGAAUUGUUAAAAACUUGUCCAACGCUUUUUCGAGAGGACAAACACACACAAAAAAUGACAAGAUGUGUUUUGUUGUUGUUAAUGUUGUAAAAACUUUGGCAAAUGGGUAUAUCUCAGAAUCUGGUUUUUAUUGUUUAACAUAAUUUGGUUUUCUCAACAUCUCGACACCGGGUGGAAAGUGUCGCUGAACGUGGCUACAUAAUCACAUAGAAAUCUCUCAUAGAAUCAUGCGAAAACUGUCAGUUCUUUUGUGUUUGUGAAAGCCAAAACAAGCAAAUUUCUGCCACAUAUUGUAUAGCGGUGACUGUACAGAAGUAAUAUACGUUUAGACUGAAGUGUUAACUACAUUUUUGUUUGAUCAAUCUAACAAUUUAAUCUGUGAUUGUAUUUCGCAGCUAUUAGGUUGUAGGUGCAGUUUGACAUUGUAUCUUUCUCUCUCGUGGACUGUUGACAUACUGUAUUUUUUCGACUAUUACUGUAAGAAUUUAAUCACACUGGGCAUAUCGCAGCAUUUUAAAUAUUUACUCUGUAUACCUCUAAGAACAUGCAUUAUUUUACGUUUUUUUUAAGCAAAAGUGGGUGGAGUUUUGCGUGGAAACUAGUAAGACAAUGACAUUUUGGAAUCAGGAAUAAAUGUUCUCCGAGUAUGGUAUAAAUCAAUCAAUCAAUCAAUCAGUGUAUCAAAGUCAUAACAGAUGGUAAUCGUUAAAUACACUUUGGUGGUUAAAUAGCGAACUGUUUGGUCGUUAGAGAACUUGUAUUUGCCAUCAACAUUUCAUAACUGCAUGAUAGACAAAUGGAAAAACUGAAAAGUGUAAAAAGAGUGAUUUACGGCUCUAUAUACAAUGAAAUGAACUGAGAUUUUCUGGAGUCAAAUGAAUUCAAGAAUCACAGAGAACAGUUCUUUGGCUCAGAAGUUUACUGAAGAUAUACAAAUGCUUUAUUGAAUCCCAGUUGACUGAAAUUUUCGAGAUUUUUGUCUUUUGCUUUAUUGUUUAUUUAUUUUACGUAUGUGGUAGAAAUCACUGUGGUCUUUGGCUUGAAUCUGUUCAAUUCAAUUUAUGUGUUCUGUGAGGUACUGUUAACAAGUUCUUAAAAUUCCAUAUUUACAUGUUUUUAUUUAUUUUUGUGUUGUUAUUUCAUAUGCUUUACGUUUGCAUUAUUAAUUUUAUUUACUUGUGUUAUAUAUUUUAAUCAUUUCUGCAGCUGUCCCUUGUGUUGAUACAUCAUCAAGUAUUAGAUUCAAGAAUUCAUAGUCUGAACACGUGAUAAAUUACGCAUCUCAACAUAGAUGAGCAGAAUAAUAAUGUACUUUGUAUAAUAUAAAACUUUUUAAAACGCAUCACCAGCUAGCAUGCCAACAAAAACAUGUACGUUGAUAUUGUAAACAGCUGUGAUCUCUAUGAAUAAAAUAGUUCUUCGUCGUU